GAAAAAGAAAAUUCACUUACACAAAAACAAAGCUUUGGGACUGAAAUGAACUAAACAGGUAGUAAAUACGGGUUUACAAAGGCUACUAUGGAGGUGGUCAAAGAAAGUGCUGCUAUGCUGAGCAACUAUGAGGUGCAUGCUCUGCUCAAAGAAUUACAAGCAGGGGCUCUCAGAGAGGGAAGAAGAGCAUCAGCAAAAAAAAAGCAGAACCUUGCCACCAUAUCAUAUGAGACAAUCAAAUACCUUGAGAAUACUCCAUGUGGACUUCAAACUCCUGAGGUCGUUGAGAAGUUCCUCCAAGCUCUCGCUCCCUUCAAUCUCACAAAAUCUGAAAAACUGCAACUUCUUAAUCAUAGACCAACUACUUCAGUAGAAAUAAUGGCUAUGGUAGAGGAAUGCGAAGAGCGAUUGUCAGAGGAUCAGAUGGAAUCUCUCAUCAAAGUAAUCACCUCCAUGUUACCAGGAGAGCAGGAAGAAGAAGGUGCAGAAGGAGAAGAAGGAGAGGAAGGAUAAACCGAGACUUUCAUCUUUCAUGAUUAUAACCAUCUUACAAAGAGGACAAAAAGAAGUUGAACUAGUAGAAAUGAUAGAAAGGAAGGACAGGAAGGAUUGUGAAAGCUUUCAUGCAAGUGGUCACCUCGAACUCAAGGGAGUACAGAAAGGGAGGGGUUUCCCUUUGAGUGAUCUCAUUGAUCUUACAAGAAUAACAAGAAAAAGUCGAAGUGCGAGAAGAUCUUCUAUGAAAGCUCUCAUACAAGUGAUCACAUCCAUCUCUCCAGGAGAACAGAGAGAAGAAGGCGCAGAAGAAGAAAUGCAGGAUCAAGAGGAAUAGAUGGAAUGCAUCAAGGAGAGAAAGAGAAGAUCUAAUUUUUUUUUUUAGUUUGUACUUAUUAAUGUGAAACACCAACACGUGUGCCCAGAUGAUCAGACUAAAAAAGAAAUUCUGUGGGUGUGUCAUAACACUCAUUUUCCGCUCUUUUGUUUGAUAUACCACUUGAGUCUUUAGGAGAAAAACACCUCACAGCUUCUCAAUGUGGCUAGUCCUUGCUAUUUAAUUGUCACCUACAUGUAAAAGCAAAAAGGAAAUUUGAUGAACAGUUUUUGAGGAUUUACCAAAACUGUAUAUGACCCUUUAAAGGGAGAGUAUGCCCCAUAAUUUUUGAAUAUUUUAACUUCAUUUGAAUUGAACCAUAAGACUAAUUGACGGUGUAUGUUUGGUAUUAGUUAUGUUUUGAUAUAAUCAGAAGUAACAGAAUAUACUCCCUAAUAACUGUAUUAUGAAAAUAAUUGAACACCAAAAAAUGUUUAAAUUUCUUAGAGUAGCCAAUUCCAUCAGUUCAAAUAUCUCCCUUCUGCCUUUACAUUUUUGGUAUGGAAAUACCACAUCACCUAGUUUUUAAGCUAGUGGAAUAAAUAUUGAUAUAUUUUUUUAUGUGAAA